AUCUCUCAUAUUUCUUUCAUAAAAAGGCCUAAAAUAAAUAAGAAGAGCAAACAACAUAGAGAGAUGGCAACAAAGGCUUUAAUUCAGCCUCAAAUCAGAGUUUCACAUCUGUCUCCUCCAUUGCCAAAUAGCAUUGAAAUGAUGAUAAGAAACAAUAAUAUUAUUAAUUCUCCAAGAAAUUUUAACAAGAUUUCAAGAUUUGAAAGAACCAUUUUUGCUUCUUCUCAACAACAACAAAGUAAUGUUGAGAUUUCACAUUCAACUUCUUCCCAAAUCAAGAUUCAACUAUAUGAUGCCUUACAAGGAAUUAACAGAGGAAUUUUUGGAGUAUCAUCAGACAAGAAAAUUGAAAUAGAAGAGCUAGUCAAGCAAUUGGAAUCUCAAAAUCCAACUUUUGAACCAACAUUAUCUCUAGAUAAGGUGGCUGGAAAUUGGAAGCUUAUAUACAGUACAAUAAGUAUUUUAGGAUCAAGAAGGACAAAAUUAGGAUUGAGAGAUUUUAUCACACUUGGGGAUUUAUAUCAAAAUAUUGAUAUUUCUGAGGGAAAAGCUGUGAAUGUGAUUAAGUUUAAUGCCAGAGGAUUAAGUUUAUUAAGUGGAGAGUUAAGGAUUGAAGCUUCCUUCAAAAUUGCAUCAAAAUCAAGAGUUGACAUUUUCUACAACAAUUCUGGAAUAACACCAGAUCAGUUAAUGAACGUAUUUCAGAAAAACUACAAUCUUCUCCUUGGCAUCUUCAACCCACAAGGUUGGCUUGAGAUUACAUAUGUUGAUGAGAAUUUGAGGAUAGGUAAAGAUGACAAGGGCAACAUUUUUGUUUUGGAGAGGGUUAAUUAAUUGAAUCCCAAUUUAUUUAUGUGUAAAUUUUAAUAAAUCCUUACUACAUAUAGAAGAAAUACAUCAAGUUUUUCUCUUCAUAGUCCAUCAAUUUUUCUCUCAAUCA